AUGAAGAUCAGUGGUGGCGAAGAUGGGCGCUUCUUCUUGGACCCCGGUAGCCAUCAUCCUACACUAGGGUACCAUACCCUCAAAUUUGGCCGUACGAGCAGCGCCCAGAGCAGGUCCCAUGGCUUUUCUAUUACGAAUACCGGUUGUGGUCCGCAUUGUGGUGGGCCGCAACUCAUCUAUGAUGCGGCGGACAAGGGCGAUGGCACCCAAGGGAAUUGGCUUGCGUAUCCUCUCGACGGAGCCAAUGGCAAGAGCGGAUACUCGAUUCAUUGGGUUCCUGGAGUUCCAUUUCCGGAGGGCCAUAAGCUCAUUUACUUGAUGUGUAUAGUGAAAACAUGGCAUUACAUAUAA